UCUUAUCUGUGGUCUUUGGUCUAUGUUAAUUGACUAUUAUUGUUAGUCUAUGUUCCUCCGACCGCGACAGCGAUAGGUGGAGCAAUACCUGAUCCUGGCGUCUCUAGGCUAAAAAUUCUGGUCGAUCAGCUACAGUACGCACGUACUGUAACGACUUGGCGCGAACAAGGACCGCUGGAGGAGUUUGAAAUGAUGCAUCAGCCACCAAUGAUGGAUAUGAUUCCUGUUCCCUCUGAUCUACCUGUGCACAACAACGAGGAGAUGAACAAUGUUGGAUACGAGAAUAAUAGCACUUAUGCGUACGACGAUCUUUUCCCAGCAUUGCCACAUUCUCAACCUCCCAUUCAACGUAGUAUUCAACAGGUGCCUAGCAAGAUGCGCGUUGGGUCGUCUCUGCAUACGCAGGUUUUCCAUGUUCCAUUUGAAGAAAGAAAAUUAGACAAUGCUAAUACUUUCGGUGAAGGUGAAUCAUUGCGUACUUGCCAAUCCAUAACGAAGGACACAGGUGCCCACAUUGAAAUAUCAACCAGCAAAGAUGGAAGUCUCACCUUCCUUAUAACAGGAAAAAAUAGUGCUGUUCUUGAUGCAAGACGUCUCAUUUUAACUCAUUUCCAGCAACAGGCAAGCAAACAAAUAUCAAUUCCAAAAGAACACCACCGUGUAAUCUUGGGUAAACUGGGCCAUAAAUUGAAAGAAUUGGAAAAAGUGACUGCAACGAAAAUAAGUGUUCCAGGAAUAUCAGACAAUAGUGAAACUAUUACAAUUACUGGCACCAAGGAAGGGAUAGAGAAAGCUGAACAUGAAAUCCGUGUUUGCUCAGAAGAACAGUCAAGGAAAGCUCUAGAACGUAUCUCAAUUCCAAAAAUAUACCAUCCAUUCAUCCAAGGACCAUUUGGAGAACGUGCUGCAGCACUUACUGCCGAAACUGGUGCCCGUAUACAUAUCCCUCCCACAUCCACUCAAAAAGAUGAGAUUGUAAUUGCUGGUGAAAAGAAUGGAGUUCUUGCUGCCAAAGCACAGAUUGAGCAAAUCUAUGAGGAGAUGAAAAAGAAGUGUCAAACCGUAAAGGUGGAGGUGCCUAAAUCGCAACAUAAAUAUGUUAUUGGUGCUCGUGGAACAACUAUUCAAGAAAUACUAAGGGAGACUGGUGUGUCUGUUGAGAUGCCACCACCUGAUUCUCCUCUUGGGACAAUCACUCUUCAUGGACCACACAACAAGAUAGGCUCAGCUCUUACCAUGGUAUGCGAAAAGGCGAAUUCAGUUAAAACAGCAACUGUUGAUGCUCCAACAUGGAUUCAUAAGUAUAUCAUUGGAAAAGAUGGUUCAAACAUUAAGAAGAUUACACAGGACUACCCUAAGAUUCACGUUGAUAUUACACAUUCAGAAGACAAAGUGAAAAUUGAUGGACCCCCAGAAGAAGUUGAACGUGUUACAGUAGAAUUGGAUGACUUUGUAAAAAAUUUGCUUGCAACAAUAACAUAUGUUGAUUUGACUGUUGAUUCUAAGUAUUUUAAACACAUAAUUGGCAAAAGUGGAGCAAACAUUCAUAGGCUGAAGGAUGAGACUGGUGUUGUGAUCAAUAUUUUAAAGAAUGAAAGCAACAAUACAAUACGAAUUGAAGGAACCCAACAAGGUGUUGCAGAUGCUGAAAGGGAACUGAGAGAAAUGGUCAUGAAAUUAGAAAAUGAGAGAUCUAAAGAAUUUUAUGUUGACCAUAGAUAUAUUAAGUCCUUAAUAGGUACAAGAGGUGAAAGAAUUAAGGAAAUACGUGAAAAAUUCGACCGGGUGUUUAUAUCACUGCCUGAUCAGGGUCAAAAGAGAAGUCCAAUUAAAUUAAGAGGUCCCCAGGAAGAUAUCGAAAAAUGUGAAAAGUACCUCCAUAAACUAAUGAAAGAAAUUGCAGAGUCAUCAUAUGUACAAGAACUGCCUAUAUUCAAACAGUUCCACAAAUUCAUUAUUGGAAAGGGUGGACUAAACCUGAAAAAGAUUCGGGAUGAGACACAGACUGUAAUUGACCUACCAGCUGAAGGAGAUGAUAGUGAUGUUAUAACUGUAAGAGGUAAACGAGAAAAUGUAGAAGAAGCUGUAAAAAGAAUACAACAAAUACACAAUGAGAAAGCAAACAUUGUUACUGAAGAAGUUACAAUUCCACCUAAAUACUAUAAUUCACUGAUAGGAGCUGGUGGUAAACUUAUUCAUUCCAUUAUGGAGGAGUGUGGUGGUGUACUCAUUAAAUUUCCUCCUGCAGAAAGUGACAGUGAUAAAGUAAUUAUUAAGGGUCCAAUUGAAGAUGUUGAGAAGGCCAAGCAACAAUUGUUAGCCCAUGCUUCAGAGAGAGAGCUUACGUCACAUACAGCGACAGUAAGAGCAAAAUCAGAACAUCACAAAUUCCUUAUUGGAAAGAAUGGUGCCAAUAUUAAGAAAAUACGUGAACAAACUGGUGCUAGGAUUGUCUUUCCUACCGACAAAGAUGAGGAUAAGGAGGCCAUCUUUAUUAUAGGUCGGGAAGAUCAAGUGGAAGCAGCCCGUAAACAACUUGAGGCAGCUGUAUCAGAUAUCAGCAAUGUCUCAGAGAGUGAGAUGUCUGUUGAUCCUAAGCAUCACCGACACUUUGUGGCAAGACGUGGUGAGGUGCUGCGUCGCAUUGCUGACGAUUGUGGUGGCGUUCAGAUAUCUUUCCCGAGGCAAGGUGUCAACAGUGAUCGUGUUGUGCUCAAGGGUCCUAAAGAAUGUAUUGAAGCUGCUAAAAUUAGGAUAAGUGAAAUCAUUGAAGAUUUAGAUGCUAAGGUGACAAUUGAUUGCAUAAUUCCGCAAAGACAUCAUCGCACUGUGAUGGGGUCUAGAGGUUCAAAGGUUAAGGACAUCACAGCAGAGUUUGAUGUGCAAAUAAAGUUCCCUGAGCGAGAUACAACAGAUGGUGCCGAACAACAAGUUCGUUAUGAUGACAAUGCAGAGCCAGGUCCUAAUGAUAUAAUUAGGAUAACCGGACGCCCAGAAAACUGUGAAGCCGCGAAGCAAGCACUUUUGGACCAGGUUCCUGUAACAAUAGAAGCGGAAGUGCCAAAUGAAUUGCAUAGGCUGCUUGCUGGCCAGAAGAGAAGAGAGUUGAUGCAGACCUAUGAUGUGCACAUUCUUAUGCCAGCAAAUGAUGAAAAUAGUGACAUUGUCAAGUUAACUGGUACUCCUGUGAAUGUGGAGAGAGCCAAGGAAGCUCUUGUCGAGAAGAUAGCUGAAAUGGAAAAAGAAAGAGAAGACAGAAUUCUCAGAUCCUUUGAAGUAAAGUUCCAAGUAGACCCUGAGUACCAUCCACUUGUCAUUGGCUCGGGUGGACUUGUGAUUAGAAAGAUUCGUACUGACUAUGGAGUACAAAUCAAUCUGCCAAAACGUGGUGAGCCCGAUGAUAACAUUAUAACCAUCCAGGGUUAUGAAGACAAGGUGCUGCAGGCUAAGGAUGCCAUUAUGGCAAUUGUUCAACAACUUGACAAUCGGUACCGAGAGGAGGUCGAUAUCGACCCGCGUGUGCACAGACGUCUCAUAGGGCUGAAGGGAAGGAACAUUCGUCGCAUCAUGGACGAGUACAAGGUCGACAUCCGCUUCCCCAAGCAGCCUGCUGAUGGUAGUUCAGCGCCCCCAGCAAUGACAGUAGUCAUUGCAGGUAAUGAGGAGGACAAUGUACUCGAUGCCAAGGACCAUCUGCUCAAUGUUGCCGAGGAAUAUUUACAAGAUGUGACAGACCGGUACCAACGACCGGCUGCCCCGUCAUUGGGUGACUUCGGCGAGGCUCUGACCGUGGAAAGUUCAGCCCCAGCUGUGAAUGCCAAUAAUCCUCCAUCAACUGGUUUCGUGGUUAAGGGCGGGCCGUGGGAGCAACGCGCCCCAGACACUGCCUCAACUCAUGAAUUUCCAACCAUGCCUGGAGGACCUCGCGCAGCCCCAGCCCCUCAGCCUACUUCUGCUCCACCAACCUGGGGACCCCGUCGCUAAAUUCUUCAUACCAUCAGAACACCUGAACCACAACAUCUAAAACUGGUUUUUUAUAUGACUAUUCCGCUAUUUAAGUAUGUGCAUGUCUCUUCAACUAGACUUCUUCAUUUUCUUUUAUUUUAUUAAUCUUUGUUUCAUAACUUAACUGUCGUGUAGAUUAUCAAUUUAAAUAUAUACAUAUCCCUGACCAGUGUGCUAUAAGGUUGAGGCCUAAGCUUGGAGUUAUUGAGAUACACUCGCGAAAAUUCCUAAAUUUUACAGUUAAUUAACACUUGACUCAGAUUUAAGCAUUUAUAACAUGUAACAGCUGAACAGUCAAUAGAUUAAUAAGAUUGACUUAAUUCUUGAUUUUAAUGUCUUUUUCAUAACUUAAUGUUCUUCCAGUCGCAGUAUUGGAAGAUUAUAAGCUAACAUUUUAAAAUCUAAAGGUUGUUUUUGUCUUUUCCGAAUUAAGCCAUACCGUUGUAUUUUUAUUUCUUAGUUGAUAAAUUGCAUAGAUGUUAAUUAUUAUUUUAUUGAAUAUGCCAUUAUUUGAGAUGUUUAUCAUGUUGGUUUGAUUUUUACAUAAUAUAAUUAUGCAUAAUAAUAAUAUAUAAUAUUGAUAAUAAUAUAAGUUACGUAACAUGGUUCAAUACAUACUAUUUUUUUACUUUUUCUUCACGCUCUUUUUUGUUUACAAUUUUGUUUUGCGUUGUCUUUUAUAUGGACUAUUGAGCUAAUGUUAUUUAACCAUGUUAUGUAGGUACACAAUAUGUGUAAUUGUACUUAUUGGGAAAAUGUAAUGGAAUAAUUUUUCAUAAUAUUAUCUUUUUUAUGUUUGUAGUGUUACCUACAAAAAUGAAUUGAGUAAAUCAUAAGAUGAAAAGUAAUAUUUUUACAAAGUAAUUGUACAUAGGUAAUUGUGGUUGAAAUAUUAAAUAAAACCUUUUACAAUUA